CCAUAGACAAUUAACAAACUGAAAUGAAAAUGUCCGUCUAAUGAUACGUUUUAUCUUUAUUUUGUGACUAUAAUAAUUGUGGCUUGCGAUGUUGAAUAUUUUCUUUGGGAGUGUAUAGAAUCCUAAAGCUUUAUAAUAUCAUCAAAAUGAUUGUACAAGAACCUAUACAGGUUAUCAUUUGGGAUUGUUUGAACAAUUAUGAAUAUGACAACGCUAUAUUCUUGGCCGAACGAUUACAUGCUGAAGUUGGAUCAGAAGAAACAGCUUUCCUUUUGGGAACAUGCUACUACAGAUGUGCGCGGCUCAACGAGGCUCACCACUUGCUACAAAAUAUACCACUCACCAUACCCCAGGCGAGGUUCCUUCUAGCAAAGUGUUCUAUAGAAUUGAAAAAUUACAAAGAUGCAGAAGUGGUAUUGGGAUCCAACAUUGAAGUUGUGGCUUCUGAAUUUGGGGAACAGGCUCCAUAUGCACUGCAACUCCUUGCCCACAUCUUCAACAUCACAGAGAGGAGAAGUAAAGCCACGGAUGCACUCCGGAAGGCUCUAUCACUCAAUCCAUUCAUGUGGAGCUCUUUUGCGGAUUUGUGUAAUUUAGGUGAGAAAGUAGAUCCACAUCAAGUAUUCCAAAUGAAUAACACUGACUUUUCAUUUGGUGUUACCACAUUUGUGAAUCUAGUCAACAAUUCUGAAAAUAUUUCAUUUGUUAAUAGCAACAUUCCUAAUAAUACUAGUAUCAGUAUGAAUGCUAAUGUGACUCCAAUGAAUAAUGUGGCUCCUCGGAGUCCUAUGACCAUGUCCACCAGCAUCACGCCUGAGACGCAGGCACCUGUGAAACGCAUGCACAGUGUCUUUAGUGGACUAGCACCAAUACAAUUCUCCCCCUCAUUUGGUAUGUUACCGAUGGAAGAAUCUCCCAUUUUGUAUACUCCCACACUUACCGACUCAAAUGAGCAAAAAGCCAUACCUAAAAUAGUAAACUCCUUGAGAGCACAAAUGGGGCAACUAAAAGAUGCAGUAUUCAGUCCUACACCUAGAUGUACAUUGGGCCCGGCCCCUCGGCGGUCUUCGAGGCUAUUCAGCAACAACAGUAGUUAUUCAGUCAAAGAGAACAAUAAAUCACCAAGCAGAAAGUUUGUAGCACCUAAAAGUCCGUCUAGAAAAAACAAGCAGCGGACUGCUAAAAACAACAUCAAAGCUAAUUCUGUUGAAACUAAUGAGAGGUCGAAAUCUAUAGAAACCGUAACACCCACUCUUACGCCAAAGAGCUCUAAUGGAGUAGCAUUAUUAAAUUUAAUGAGAGAGUUAGGAGAUGCUUACAAGGCAUUAGCAUUCUUGGAUUGUAAAAAUGCCAUCAAACUAUUUCAAGAUGUACCUGCUAAGCAGUUAGCAUCACCAUGGGUUCAGACUAUGAUUGCUCGGGCACAUUAUGAGAUGGCUCAGUAUGAAGCUGCAGCAAAAGUAUUUGCAGAAAUAAGGAAAACACAUCCUUGUCGGACUGAAGGAAUGGACAUUUAUAGUACUUGCCUGUGGCACUUGCAGCGCGAGGCACAGUUGUCUGCGUUGGCUCAAGAGUUAGUAGAAAUGGAUAGGAGCGAUCCUAUUGCCUGGUUGGUAUCUGGCAACUGUUUCUCUCUUCAUAAAGAACGAGAAACUGCUCUUAAAUUCUUUAAAAGAGCUGUUCAAAUGGAUCCCUACGCAUCUUAUGCCCAUGCUUUAUUAGGACAUGAGUAUGCAGUAGCCGAGGAAACAGAUAAAGCACUUGCUAGCUUUAGAACUGCAGUCAGUAUUGAUCCCCGUAACUAUGUGGCGUGGUUUGGUAUAGCUACAGUGUAUGCGCGGCAGGAGCGUUGGAAAGCAUCAGAAGUUCACAUACGGCGUGCGCUGACCAUUCAUCCCCACUCGGGAGUCUUAAGAUGUCAACUAGGGCUCGCUCAAGCAGCUUUAGGUAAAAUGGACAGAGCCCUCUCAACACUAGAGCGGGCCGUACAACUGGAUACAGAGAACCCCUUGUGCAGGUUCCACAGAGCAUCGGUCUUGCUGCGCGCUGGAAGACCGCAAGAUGCGUUGGCAGAUCUACAUCACUUGAAGGACAUAGCUCCAAGAGAAUCAUUAGUAUAUUAUUUACUUGGGAAGGUUCAUAAUGAGCUUGGCAACAAGCACUUAGCACUUAUGCAUUUCAGCUGGGCGACAGAUUUAGACCCGAAAGGCACAGGAGGCCACAUCAAAGAAGGCUUCGAUCCAUCAAAGCAGGAGGACCCACCAGAAAGAUCAACUUAGUUCUCUGCUGACAAUGAACGCCGAUGACAGGCAGGAAGCGCCGUGGGCGCGCGCGUUGACUGAUCCAUGUAAAUAUCGCGCUCACCGUUCGAGCUCUUAUCGACACCAAAUCUUCCAAAUAUAGCUUUAUGGAGCUCGAUAGGUGUGUGAUGGCAUUUAGCUGCUAUAGUAGUAAGGGCGUAUCUGGAUUUGUUUAUAUGUAUAGAAUAAGUUGUGGAUAUUCCUAAUGUCAUCCUAGAUUAUGUAACUGUAUAUCAAAUUGAACUCCUAAAGUAUGCAUAGAAAUUAUAAAUGAUGCUUUUAAAAGAAAAAGAUCGAAGAGACUCGGGGCCUUGAUCUCAAAUGAAGUUAAUUCGACGCUGUAUAAAAUUCGAAUAAUCAUGCAAAUAUUUUUUAUUUAUUAAUGCCAUUAAAAUUCGUGAUACUGUUAACCGAGUGCUACAACCAUGUUGUUGGGGUUUGUGUAUCUUCUUUUGUACAAAAGCAGAGUGGGGUAGGCCCCUGUUUCAUCAACUGACAAUGUCUGAUAUAGAAAAUUUACCAUACAUUUUGCUGGUCCAACAAGUACAACGCUGUAAUAUACCGUCGUUAAUACCGGCCCAGAAAUGUACAGGAAAAUGUCAGCGACCAGACAUUGUAAAGUUGGUGAAAUGAGGCCAGCUCAUGUAGUUUGUAGAAAUUCUUAUGUCGAGAACCGCUGGCGGUGUUCCAAUGUAUGUCUAAUGCUGAUAAUUACGCUCUUAACUAUAAGUAUUUAUAAUCUGAACUGUUGAGCUAUGCAUGUAGACAUUAUUGCCACGUGAAGGUGUCAAGCUCGCUGGGAACCCAACUUUCUGGUCUGCUCAGUAUCUAAAAUGGAGGUACAUACAUAAGAGAUAAUUGUACCUUUAAAAAGAUCGUGACUUGAGAGAGAAGGGAAUAAAAACAAAUAAAAUCAAUCUUCGUAAAGGUUGGGGUAUGACUUAUGUUGUGGUGCAUCACAAAACAAACAAACAUGACAUAUGCUAAAAAAUUCUUACUUUGGACUUAAGUUUUGUUUGAAGCUGGAAACCUGUAUGUUGAAUAUACAGCCAGGUUUCAAAAAACUUAGAAAUAGGCAGGGCCGUACAGAACGAGCUGCCUCGCGAGGAAAUUGCCUCGCGCUCAGUCGGUAGAGACCUGCCUUGCCCGAGGCAAUGCGGCGCCUAUUGAAGUAUGUACAGUCAGCUGCAGAGAGGUGACCCCCCUGCAAACAAAUUUCUAUGCAGGGGGGAGGGGGUCACCUCUCCCUGCAGCCGACUGUACAUGCCAUCAGCAACAGAAGUGGGUUAGGCGUAUUAAAUGAUCUACGUACGCUGCUGCUGACUGUACCAAACUGGCACUCCAGUAUAAAAGCACUCGAUAGUUGACAAAGCAACAAGUGGGUUUACCAGGGAGUCAGACAUAAAAGAAGCACAAUGCACAGAGCAGAAUGCAAAGAGACAAGGGGUUACCGUAUUGGAAUAAGAAGUAGGCUUGUCUAGUAAACUUGAUAAGGAGAUAGCCCAAGAACCAAUUUGAAAUCAACUUGUAAUUCAAGAAAAGAAGGUUGCCAGCAUCUUAGUUCAUAGUGCAUGAAAUCAUUUUUGUGUAUUCUCCUUGUGUUUGUACAAUAACAAUUAACUAUAGCACUGUUUGUCAUAUAAAAUCACCAGUAGGCCGAGCACAGUCAUGAUUGAUGCGACAGUAUCUCGCCGCGAGAUAGACUACCCGUCUUUUACUAGUUAGUAUACAGUUGUAUGAAUUAAAGGGGGACGGGUAGUCUAUGUCACGGCGAGAUACUCUUGCGCCAAUCAUGUGCUAGGCCGGCAGGACAUGCUUGAAUUAAACCACCUCUAAUUAUUAUGUGUAUGAAUUAAAAUAAAUAGAACUGAUGUAAUAUUAA